AAUAUCUUAUCUCUCUAUCUCUUUCUAGAUCCCCGCCAGAAAACAGAGAAGGCGAGAGAGAUGGGUAUCUAGAGAUAGGGACUGCUGCGAAUCUCUCCGGCGUCUUGGCUAUGCAGCCAUCUCGGUCAGCCGGACAUCAGCCUCUGAGCGGGAUGAAUUCUUUUCUUCUUUCUCGAAACGAGUCAAGAUGGCGCACGGAUUUCCCCAGGCCCAAGCCUCUGGUCUCCCCUUCUCCACGAAAUCCUCUCCGUGGGGAAGAGACGAAAAACCUGGAGAAGCCAGCCGGCCAGUUUACCCCACACUUUUUCGUUUCUCUCUUCAUAUACGGAGUAUUCCGUACUACUAGCACAAAUGAAGGUACGUAUAAGGUUUUGUGCGCGUGCGUUGCAUUGACAGAAGGGAGGGCGGCGCGAAAGGAGAGGCUGACCCCAAGGACCGCGGCAUCUCCAAUCCUAGACGCCUUUGGCGAGUCGCUAGCCCGCCAUUAUCCAUCUGUUUAGGCCCAGGUGGGGGGUAAUCCGGAGACUAACCGGGUGAGGGGAAUUGUAUUGAUUGAAUGGAUGGGUGGUGAGCAGCAAAACGCCGCUGCCAAGGUGUGGAACGCAUGCCGCAAAGCACUCUGUCUAUAUCUUCGGAUCUGCGGAGCCUGUGUUGCAAUGGAGCACAGAUGUUAUCUUGAUCAUCUGCGCAGUAGACGGAUGAGAUACUGCGUGGCUCUCGUUUGUGCAAUCAGUG